AAUCACAAUACUCUAAUUUGAGCCUCAUUCUCACCAAGAACCUCACACGUGGAACAUAGCCGUUGUCGAACACACUUGCAGCUCUCUCUCCGAUCAAAACCCUUAGUUAUGGCGUCUCCGGUCACCGGAGAUUUCAACUCAACCGUAGCACCAUCCGAUCAUCAUCUCCCCAUAACCGACUUGAAUCUACCGAAUCCUGCUGAACACAACUUAACUUCCGCUCAAUCGGUGAAAACCUCAGACUUUCCCGACGCUUCUGCACCGGUUAAACGGAAGAAACGGAAGCCCAAGAGAUAUGAGGGUUCUGAAACUGAUGCACUAAGCAAUCCCUCAAGUUCAAGUUUAAGUUUGUGGAGAGAGAAGUCUCCAAUUAAAGGCUUCAAAACGCCGGACCCAAGUUCACCCGCUAUGAUUCGAGCAGUGGAGUUUCAGAAUAGUCUUGGAACUGACUUCCCUAGCUGUAUAAAGACGAUGAGUACUUCACAAGUCAUCUCUGGUUUUUGGUUGGGCCUUCCGCUUCAUUUCUGCAAGUCAUAUCUACCAAAAGAAGAUGCUACAAUUGUACUUGAAGAUGAAUAUGGAGCGCAAUUUGAAGUCAAAUAUAUUGCAUACAAGUAUGGGAUUAGUGCAGGGUGGAAACGCUUUGUAGUUCGACAUAAUUUGAGUAUAGAAGACAUUUUGAUCUUUCAAUUAGUAGAAAGUACAAAAUUUAAGGUUUACAUACUUGACGUCAAUGACUCGAGUGAAGCGGGUCAUGCUCUUAGUCUUUUAAAUUUGGCAGCACAUACAGAACAGUCGACUCCAGUUACUCCGUCUCUUAAAACAAAGAAAAAGAAGCAUCCAGAAUCGCUUUCAGUAACUGUGUCCCGAAAAAAGCACAAGAAGUCUGUGCGUUCUUCAAGAUCUGUUCCUCCUAGUGGCCAUCACACCAAACAUUCAGGAAACAAUAGCGAAGAGGGCGGUCCAGAGGUUCUAGAAUGUUCCAUACCGUCCGAACGCCAUCUUACGUUCCAGGAGGUCAAAUCCUUUCAAGACUUCCAUAUCAUAGUCAAAGGUGUCUGCAUCGACCACGAGCUUCCCCAUGAUGUCAGAAUGGCUUACUACAAACUAUGCAUUUGUAACAAAGAAUACCUUCACGACGGUGUUUCUAAAGAUUUGUAUGGCACAUUACUACCAGGUAUGGUUGGUCAAAUUGUAAGAAUUGCUGAUGAGAUCAAAAGAUGCAAGAUCACCACCAUAACUAAAGAAGACAUUGAUAGAUGGGAGAAGUCCCUGAAUUCUUUUGAGCUUUUGGGCAUGAAGGUCGGUUUUUUACGAGAUAAGGUACAUACACUUGCAACCCUUGUGUUUGAAUCAGAAGCUGCAGUGGAUAUAAAGCAGUAUGUUGAGGCAAGAAACGAACAUAGACGUGCCGAAGACGAAAUCAAGAAAGUUGCAGCAAAGCUAAAGGAGUUGAGGGAAGAGGCUAUAAAGUUUGCUGGGAUUGCGGGUACUUUGAAACACAAGGUUGAGAAGUAUGAACACAAGUUUCAGGAGGAGGUUGAUAAACUGUGAGAGGGUAGGCAGGCUCUAUCAAAAGAAUGUUACCCGUGUUUUCUGCUUAUGAUAAACUGUAAUUUCUAGACCGUACAACUUAUGACCCAUGAACAAUAAUUACUGAAUUAGUAAUCCUUUAUUCAAUGAAAAGUAGUAGCUUUUAUACUUUC